CAUUUGGGUCCCCCUUCUCUUUCUCAUGGCGGCGGCGGCGGCGUCGACGCCGCAGGGAGUGGCGGAGCGGCGGGGCAUCCCGGCAGCGGCCUUCGUUGAGGACGUUGAGGCCUACCUCCGCCAGGUCGGGCUCGACGUCAAUUCCGCGCUCGCUUUUCUCCAGGAAAGGCUGCAGCAGUACAAAAUAGUGGAGAUGAAGCUUCUAGCACAACAAAGGGAUCUUCAGGCAAAGAUUCCUGAUAUAGAGAAGUGCUUGGAUAUUGUUACAACAUUACAAGCUAAAAAGGAUUUGGGUGAGGCACUCAUAGCUGAUUUCGAAUUGUCCGAGGGGAUCUACUCCCGUGCAAAAAUUGAGGAUACUGACUCGGUGUGCCUGUGGUUGGGUGCAAAUGUGAUGCUGGAGUACUCUUGCGAUGAGGCCAAUGCCCUCUUGAAGAAAAACUUGGAAAAUGCCAAGGCCAGCUUAGAAGUCCUUGUUGCUGAUCUCCAUUUCCUGCGAGACCAGCAAACCAUCACUCAGGUUACAAUUGCUCGGGUAUUCAACUGGGACGUGCACCAUCGGAGAAGCAAACAGGCCGUAAAAGAAACCUGAUUACUUACAUCACGAGGCCGACCAAUGCGACUGGGACUUUUUUUUUUUGUACCUUCUGCUACCUCUGGCAGAUUAGCCCGUCAUAGCAAGCAGUUUGUUGUUGUAUCGGUUUGUUCAGAGUUUUACGGUGUGGGAACAUUAGUAGAAAUGUCAUUUCACUGCCUUCUUUUCCCCGCUGGAUCGCAUUUCACAAAAUAUUUCCACCAUUCUUGCAGAGAAGCCUUGCUAUCGCCAAACUACUUGGAACAUUUUGUCCCGCCUCGGAACUUUAGGACUUUUUUCCCCGUGUUUCUUGCGUUUUUCUAGUAAGAAAACGAACUGGUUCAUGUAUAAUUCCUGCUUUUCUAAAGGGGCUUCCUUUUUUA